AUGCCGCCCAGACGCAAAGCCUCGUCCAAAGCGGCCACACCCUCCGCCCCUACCCCCGGCAAUGACCAUGCCACCUCGUCCUCACCCACCGCAUCCGAAGCGCGGCCGCGGCAGCACUGGCUGAUGAAGGCCGAGCCGGACCCGCGCCUGGAAAAGGGCGUGGAUGUGGCGUUUAGCAUCGACCACUUUGAGGCGUGCAAGACGACGCCCUGGGACGGCGUGCGCAACCCCGAGGCCAAGACGAUCAUGAAGGAAAAGAUGCGGCUCGACGACGCCGUCCUCUUCUACCACUCCAACACCAAGAUUCCGGGCGUCGCCGGCCUCGCCACCGUGUGCAGGCAGGGGUAUCCGGACGCAUCUGCGUUCGACCCAAAGCACCCCUACUACGAUCCCAAGUCGGACCCCGCGGCGCCAAAGUGGUUCCUCGUCGACGUCGCGUUCCAGCGCAGGCUGCCCCGCCUCGUACCCCUAGGCCUGCUGCAAAAGAUCGCGGCCGGAGACCUAUCGAAUCAAGAGGAGAGCGAGAUCGAGUACCUCUCUGCGGAUCAUCGCCGUGCGAUCCGGGAAAUGGCCCUCCUCAAUCGCGGAAGGCUGAGCGUGCAGCCGGUGUCCCCCGAGGCCUACGAGGCCGUCGUGCUCCUCGGCGACCGGGGUGGGUGGCAAAACUGGCCAGGAAAGUGGAACCCCAAGGGCGCGGUCAAGGCCGCCAAAGCGUCUGUGGAAGCCGUCGAGGAUGAGGUCAAGCCAGCGCCGCCCCGGCCAAAGAAGGACACAGCGGCGAGCGCGAAGACGGCCCCCGCCGCCAAGCCGAAACGCGCCGCAGCCGCGCCACCAGUCGACGCCGAAAGUGGUGACAAGCGCAGACGGUCGAGCCGACUAGCAGCAUAG